AAUAACUACAGCAAUACAUCAAUACACCAGCAUAUCUGAAUACCAGUGCACUACCAUACUCCAUCCCUUCAACCAAUACAUUUGAGUGAUAUUGUAGAGAGAACAAUCAACUUCGAACUCUGAAGGACCUAGACCAUCCGGCUGAUAUCAAGCCCCCCACACCCGCACGAUGCCACCAAAACAAAUCAUCGUCCCUCCUUCUCCUACUCCUCCACCUACAGCGAGCGCGGACGAACCACAUGAUCUGUUGAUCAUACAAGAUAUGGUAGAUACGUUUGAGCAGAUACCACCGGAAUUGACCAGGGUCCAUAGUGAUUUAAAUGAAUUAGGAGCGGUUUUGUAUUCCACUCUGCUCAACCUCGAACGUAAACUCGAUCUACUGAUCGGACAAAUUGGUGACGAUACCGUAGGACCGGAAAAACGGUUUCAGCUCUUACAGGAGAUAGCGGAGGAAGCUGCGAGGUAUAAAUUAGGAGGGGAUGAUAAGAUCAGAGUAGCUGCUGGGGCUUGUGAUGGUAUCCUCGUUCAUCAAAAACAUUUACAAAACCUAGUCGACGCUUCUACCCUUUUCGUCCCUGCCCCACCUUCUCCUUACACUCAAACUCUCACUGUACCCCUUCCUCCUGUUCAAGGCUCAUCCCGCCGCGGAUUGACCAGAGCUGCCAACUCUCCUUUUGGCGGAAGGGCAGUGCCCAGUGCAGAUAAGGGCGAGACGCCGACCAAGAGGAAGAAGAAUCGUGUACAGCAAUUGGGAGGGAAAGAAGAUGAUGAGGUGUCCAACGGAGGAGGAGAGAAGAAGAGGAUUUCACAUAAGAAAAGAAGACCACUCAUCCGUGCAUUCUCCCCUGCAGAAUCCCUCGGUUCAUCCUCCGCAUAUACCACCAAACUCCCCCUUCAGCAAACCGCACGACAGAUCGCUGCAGCAGCCAACAAAGCUCGCAAAGCAGAACAACAAGACGAUGGUUCCGACGCGGAAUCUCAAACCGGUCUGAAACCCUCUUCUCUCGGCAUGCAACCUUCCCCUUCGACGGAGUCGAUGUUGGGCGAUAAGGGUGUGCUGGGCUUGGAUGUGAGCGGCGGAGUGGCUAUCAGUCGUGAGAACUCUACUACCCGUGCAGGAAACGGAAAAGACGUGAAAGAAGCUGGUAGAGCAGCUCGUGCUAGAGGAGUCAAAAGAGGAAGAGAAGACGAACAUGAGGAAGGGGAAAGUGAAUUGGAUGUGGAAGAAGAAAGACCGGCACAUAAACGGACUUCAACAAAUGGGAAGAAGAAUGUUAAAGAGGAGGAUAAUGAUAUGGAUGGUGGUGGUGAUGGUGACACGGAUACGAAGAGGUAUUGUCUUUGUCAACAAGUCAGUUAUGGGGAGAUGUUGGGAUGUGAUGAUGAUGAGUGCGAGGUGGAAUGGUUCCACUUGGCUUGUCUGGGUCUUGACUCGGCACCUUCGUCAACUGAACCGUGGAUCUGCCCAAUGUGCACAGAAAGACGGAAGAAACAUCCAAAGAGUAAACGGCCAGUCAAGGGUGGUGGAAAAGGGCGGAAAUGAUCCCAUCUCUUCGCAAGUUAUCACAACUAUCCAUUUUUACAUCCUCCCCACUAUCCGACUAUCCGUACAAUUGUGUUUCGAAAACGAUGUAUCGAUGUAAUCAUCG